AUGGGAUCUCAAUCUACUUCCGUGUCCAUGCAAUACGCUGCCUACGUCCAUCCCGACACGGGCCUUCCCCGUAUUGGGCACUAUGACCUGGCCAAGGGCACCAUCCAGCCUUUGAGCUUCAUCUCUGGAACUCCUGUGACUGAUCUCUACGAAGUUAUCGCUGCAGGGGUCUCCAACAUAAUUGCGGACGGAGAGACCCUGUCCGCCAACAGCGUCAAGUUAUUGCCUACUAUUUCCGGCCGAGAUAUUCUGGCUGUGGGAAAGAAUUACAUGGAGCAUGCCAAAGAGUUUAACAGCUCAGGUUACGACAGUUCUGACAAAACGGACCGACCUAGCCAUCCAGUCAUCUUCACAAAGAGGGCUACCUCUAUCAUUGCUCAUGGGUAUGUCAUCCUCCCCCAUGUAGACUUCUCACAAACUCUGGAUUACGAGGGAGAAAUCGGCGUCAUUAUUGGCAAGACGGGUUAUCGCGUUAGCGAAGCCGAUGCAUGGGACUACGUGUGGGGUUAUUCCAUCAUUAAUGAUAUGACUGCACGUGAGCGUCAACGUGACCACAAGCAGUUCUUCAUUGGAAAGUCUCCCGAUACCUUCUGCCCUCUUGGCCCUAUCGCUGUCUCAAAAGACAACCUGCCGGCUACUCUCAAGGUCCAGACCCACGUCAAUGGCGAGCUUAGGCAAAGCUCUACUACCCAAGAUCUCAUCUUUUCCAUUCCUACCUUGAUCAAGACUAUUUCCGAAGGCCAAACACUGCAGCCUGGAGAUGUGAUUGCUACCGGAACGCCUGCUGGUGUCGGCAUCGGCAAAAGUCCACCCAUUUUCCUGCAGCCGGGUGAUGAGGUUUCUGUCUCAGUCACAGGGCUGGGAACCUUGACUAACAGAAUUGGAACCUCCGAAACAGUCAACCCAACAGUCCAAAGGGUUUCUUCGAAUUCACCAUUCCUCGUCACCAACUCGGCCAAGACCCUUGGCGCUGAUAUUGGACUCACCUCCUUCAAUGGCAAGCCACUCAACUACCAGAAGCAAGGUUCUGGGAGUAACCACAUUGUCUUUGUGCACGGCCUAGGUGGCACCCUGGAUUACUGGACCCCCUUGAUCUCCAAGCUUGCCUUGUCUGAGAACAAUACUCUUCACUCAUUUGACCUUGAGGGGCAUGGAUUGAGCCCAACCCAUCCUCUCAGCAAGCUGAGCAUCGAGUCAUUUGCCUCUGACAUUCAAUCCAUCUUCGAUGCAGCCAACAUUACUUCAUCUGCCCCGGCCACACUGUUUGCCCACUCACUUGGAUGCUUGGCAGCCCUCAGGUUUACCAUUGACAAUCCUGGCCUUGUUGGCAAGCUGGUCCUUGUUGGGCCCCCUCCAUCGCCUCUACCGGAAGCAGCGACCAAGGGCGCAUAUACCCGUGCUGCAAUAGUCAGGAAGAUGGGCAUGCGAGCCGUUGUAGAUGCUGUGGUGGAUGCAGGAACAUCAGAGCACUCCAAGCAAUCGAACCUCACCGCAAUCACUGCCGUUAGAUUGAGCCUUCUCGGCCAAGAUCCUGAAUCUUAUGCCAAGGCGACUUGGGCACUUGCCGGAGCCACGGAGGAGCUCAAGGUCGAGGGGAUCAAAGCCAAAACCCUUAUUAUCACCGGUAAUGAAGAUAAGGUUUCGCCUCCUUCCCUCUGUGAGAAGUAUGCGUCUAGCAUUCAGGAUGCCCAGGUUGUGGUGUUGAAGAAUGUGGGGCAUUGGCAUGUCUUUGAGAAUGUUGACGGUGUUGCUGAAGCAGUUAAAGAAUUCCUGUAG